AUGCCUGUCACAAAGAAUAACAAGAUGAUGCAGCACAUCAACUACAGAGUGCGCGUCAACUUACAAGAUUCCAGAAUGUUCAUUGGCACAUUUAAAGCCUACGACAAAUAUAUGAACUUGAUUUUGGAUGACUGUGAAGAAUAUCGUAGACUGAAAAGUAAAGCCAAAGUACCUACAAUACCCGCAGAACCAAGAGUAGAAAAGCGUGUACUUGGUUUUGUUUUAUUACGUGGACAAAAUAUAGUAUCUAUAACUAUCGAAGGACCCCCUCCACCUGAGGAAGGUCUUCCAAGAGUGCCCCUACCCGGUGGUGGUGGUGGUCCAGGAUCUAGCCGUGCUGCCGGACGAGGGAUGCCUUCUGUCAUACCAUCAGAAGCUACACCUGGCUUACAAGGACCAGUGAGAGGUGUUGGAGGUCCUUCGCCAGCUGCAAUGGCAUCAACUAGAGGUGCUCCCGCUCAACCACCAAUAAGAGGUCCACCAAUGAUGGCUCCUCCACCAGGCAUGAUGGCUGGUAUGCCACCAAUGCCUGGUAUGGGUCGAGGUGGACCACCACCAAUGCCAACCAUGCGCGUUCCUCCACCUAUGAUGAGAGGUAAGUCCUCCAGCUGGUCCAAGAAGAUAUUAGUGUGUAAUAUUGAUGUUAUCUACUGA